UCUCUCCUCUCUCUCUCUCUCUCUAGUCUCUACAGUCUGCUCUGCAUGCCAUAUCAUAUCAUAACAUUUCAUCCUCAUCCCAUAUAUUUAUUAUAAAUAAAUCCAAAUACCACCUCUCCCCAUCUCUCUUCCACUUCCUCCUCCUCCUGCCCCCCUCCCUCCCCAUCAACUUCGUAACCCCUAAAUCCUCCCUCUCCUUCCCCUUUAUUUAAUUCAUUUCUCUCCCUAAAAACCCACCAAUCACUUUACCAACCUCAGUUCAGCAGCUAGAGUUAUAUUUAAAUAAAAACCCAAUAAAUCCCAAAAAUAAAAAAGAAAGAGGGAAGAAGGAUAAACAAAUAUGAGAGGUGAGUAUGUUGACAGCAAGAGUGACUCCCAAAACAUCUUCUCCAAGCUUCACCACCCAAACCAACAAAACCCCCACCACCACAACUUACACCACCACCCCCACCAAUUCUCCAGCCCCUUCCAAGUCAUCCCCCACCGCGAAUCCCAAACCUCCGAAGAAGAAGACACCAGCCGAACCAGCAGCGGCACAGCCACCGUCACCACCACCAACCCAUCUCCCCACAAUCCCCACCCCAACUCCUCCUCCGACCCCAACAACAUCAACAACCCAUCUGCCGAUGGCGCCACCAUUGAAGUCAUCCGACGGCCCCGAGGCCGCCCACCUGGCUCCAAAAACAAACCCAAGCCCCCCGUCAUCAUAACUCGCGACUCUGAGCCUCCAAUGAGCCCCUACAUUCUCGAAGUGCACUCCGGAAACGACGUGGUCGAAGCUGUCUCCCGCUUCUGCUCUCGCAAAAACAUUGGGCUCUGCGUUCUCACCGGCUCCGGAACCGUGGCCAACGUCACCCUUCGCCAGCCGUCAACUACGCCCGGCGCUACGGUAACUUUUCACGGCCGUUUCGACAUCCUCUCCAUAUCCGCUACUUUCCUCUCCCAAUCGUUGCCGUCUUGCCCCGUCUCCAACCCCAGCGGCUUCACCAUCUCUCUGGCGGGCCCGCAGGGCCAGAUCGUCGGGGGCCUCGUGGCCGGAGCCCUAAUAGCCGCAGGAACCGUUUACCUAGUCGCCGCGUCGUUUAGCAAUCCUUCUUACCAUCGGCUCCCCGUGGAAGACGAGGUGGUGAGGAACUCGGUUGUGGGUGAGGGUCAUUCGCCGCAGGUUUCUGGGGGUGCAGCGGACAGUGGGGGACACGCGCCACAGCCGUCACAAACGUGUGGGAUGACCAUGUACAGCGGUCACUUGCCUACUGAUGUAAUAUGGGCUCCAACUGCAAGGCAACCACCACCUCCACCGCCUUACUGAAAACCUUGAUGUCUCUCUUUUUCUCCUUUUUUGUAUUCUGUCUCUAGUUACUGUGAAUUAAGAAACUAGAAGCUACUUUUAUUGUUUUUUUGUACUUUUGGGUACUUUACAUUUUAAAUUUCUUGUUUAAUUUCUAUGUGAAUUACCGUUGCUAUUCUAUGUGAUAUUGGUUGUGUCUUUUCAUGCAGGAUUUUAAUGUGAAGUUAGAAUUUAGAAA